CUUACUUGAUGGCAUGGAAUAGGGUGCGGUGCGGUGCGUUCUUUGGAGCACCAAGAUAUGGCGAUACGGAAGUGCUUUGUACACAGUGUGGUGUAGAGAGUGUGGCAUGUCUAUCACUUGUGUCCGCUCACAACGGGAUCGCAUACCCAUCGACACUGAUUCAAGAAGCGAAUACAGCACGGCGGUAUUCAUCAGAUCACGGGAAUCCGGCAUAGGCAUAGGCAUUAGGAACACGGAUACACUUGUCACUUGGCUGGUUGCCCUCGGGAAUAGGGGCAAGGGAAAGGGAAGUUGGUAGCCGUCCGCGGCCGUUUUCCCUCUCGAGCUGCAGCUGGUCUCUGCCACCAUCGACCACUUUGCUGCCACUGCCACUGUGUCUUUCAUUGCUGCAUAAUACGCCUCUGCUAACUCUCCCAAAUCCACAGAUUUACAGCCCUGCCGGAGGCGGGCCCUUACCCCGACUUCACGCUCAAGACAAGCCUGAUCGCAUCCCCCACGCUCCCGAGUUGUGGAGCGGUAUUCGGCGUGCCGCAAGCCUGGUCGGCUUCCGCGAGGCCUGGUCGUUUCUCUACUCGUCCCUCGUAGGGGGCCCUGUCGUCUGCAUCAUCAGCAUGCAGAGUGGCAGAGUUGCAGAGUUGCAGAGCAGUUCCUCCAUCUAAGAUCGCGUUUGGUGCCUCGCAAGAUCCCUGAACCUAGCGCUCGGGUUGGGCGUGUUUACUUUGACCUCUUUUGCUGGUUACUCUUCAUGCUCUGGCUGUACCGAGUACAUCGCCUCCCCCCCUUUUACUCAUCAUGGCCUAGUGUCACUUUUCCACGUCCACUUCCUCCCUCUUCCUUGCCGCAGGGAGGAGAGCCGGGACACAGGGUCGAUCAAUGCUUGCCCACAACCAAUGUUGCCAAUCCUCCCAAGGUAGAGAUUACAAGACUUCUCCAUGUACAGAGAUGUACAUGGUUCCAAGAAGCGUAAGCCUUCGUCUGCAUUGGUCUACUCACAAAUCGUGAAAACCCCGUCACCCUUGUCGUCCCCAAGUACGGGCACUCAACAGGUUUAGUCCCUUUUGGUCUGAUUGACGAGCAGGUGUUUGCUCAUUGCGCUCACCUCUACAAUGAGGAUAUCAGUCUCUUAGCCUUGUCUGUUUCACUGCUAUACUCCCGCCCGAAUGAUGCUUAUUGGCUCAGUCUCAGCUUUGCCAACGUGGGAUGGUACCACUCGACUGCACGGCAAAUAUUGCUUCCACUGGGGUGGGGGAGUUUGGGACUCGAUCUCUAUAUGAAUGGAUCUGUGUCCAUCUUUAUGAAAAUUCGGAUUGCUACACAGGACGAUCAAAGCACGAUUCUCAUAACCAUCGUUGAAAAUCACCUUGAAAGAUUCUUUUGGCAUUGGCACUAAUAUCGAAACACGCCUCCCUCGUGUUCUCCAAUGAUUCUUGACAGCGUUAUUGAUGAUCUCACACCUAUAUACAGAUAACUUUAUCCUUCGUCACUUUUUUCGGGCGGACAUUUGUAUCCUACUUCAACCUUCGGCUUUUCGAUCCCCAAACACGCUCCCUGGCAAUAGAACUGUAAUCUCUUUAUUAUCUAAUAAAGUCUUGCUUUCAAGCAAGACACUACCGACAAACUGGCGGUCAUCAAACAAAAAUCCAACCAGACCUGGGGGCGGUGGCCGGAGCAGUCUUCCACGGUCGACAGCUACUACGCCAUGGAUAUCACACUGGCCUAUGACAACAGAGCAGCCUCUUCCGGAGACUUCACAGCAAGAGCGGUUCUUGCGCCUCAAUAUAUGCUCAAUCAACAGUACCAUGGUUCUGCAGCAAUUAUCGCGACACAACAACACGUCCCUACCAAUCCCUUUAGUUUCGGUGGAUAUGCUGGAGUGAGUGGUGUUCCAUCCUUUACGGCUGGCUACAUUCAACAGAGACCUUUGCCCCCUUUGGCCCAUACUCCUCACCACAACGAAGUUCGAGCAAUUCCGUAUGAAAGGAAUAACCGUCAAGGGUUUGUCGAAGCGCAACUCAGCCAAAGUCCACCUAUCAAACCCGAGCCUUGUAGGAACCUGACGCCUAACACAACUUCAGCCUCGUCGACAGCUCUUCCAAAUAGCACAAAGACCAUCAAGCCGGCUGUGUCUAUCAACGGUGCCCCCAAAGUCGACUUUUGCACUGAAGUUGAUACGCUAAUGAAAGCUAUCCAAGCCCAACCGCAGCCCUCAAACUCGCCAUCACCAUCACCUGUGGUAGGUGCUUCCUUCGCUCCUCAUACGCAUUCCGACUCUUACAACAGCGGAUAUUCAUCUGGGGAAACAAGUACUUCUUUGCUUACAGCUGGUAAUUUCCAGGACGACACCGUGGCCAAGAAAGGCAACAAAAAAAGAUAUACAUGCACCGUCGGUAAUUGCAACCAAAGAUUCUCCCAGAAGACGCAUCUGGAUAUUCAUGUGCGUUCACACACCGGCGAAAAGCCAUACGUAAGUCAUUAAUAUGAAGUAAAAAUAUCUACCGUUCAUUGACGAUUCGCUUACAGAAUUGUAACAUUCCUGGAUGUGGCCAAAGCUUCUCCCAACUGGGUAAUUUGAAGGUAUUCCUCCUCACACUUUGCGUUUCUCAAACAUCUUUACUGACGAAGAUUGGUUAGACACACGAGUAUAGGCACACCGGCGAACGGCCAUACGCUUGUGACAUUUGCGGAAAGCGUUUUUCCCAACGAGGUAAUGUGCGCCAGCACAAAACCGUUCAUGGCAAAGCCAAGCCAUAUCCAUGCAAGCUUGACGAUGGUACCGGAAAAGAAUGCGGCAAGUUGUUCACUCAACUCGGAAAUUUAAAGGUAUGUUCUAUCUUUGUACUUGGAUUCGUUUCAAUGAUCGUUACUGCUUUCGUGUUGUUUCAUUUCUCAUCCCUGUUUGAAUACUACAUCUGCUGUUGCUUUUUUGGGAGCAUCUCCCAAUCUCAGCCCCAUCAGCCCAUUUCACGAUGCAAGGGUCAAUUCUCUCUACCACUGCGCUCUGCUGUAAAACAACUCGCACUAACAUAUUUUCAAUACAGUCACAUCAAAAUAAAUUUCAUGUUGCAGCCCUCCGUGAUCUCACCAUCAAAUUUGCCGCCUUCAAGAACGGUGAGAACGUCUCGGCUGCUGAAAACGAGCUCCUCGAGUACUUCCGCGAGCUGUACAAGAACAGCAAUAAAGGCAUCAAAGGGCGCGGAAAGCAACGAAAGGUCGGUCCCGAUUCCGAUGCGAUUUCAUCGGGACUGAAUAGCUUAGCUCUCGACCAUAGCUAUAGUCUCAGUGGACCCGGACGUGGAAACAUGAUUGUAAACAGCAUCCACAAUGUCCUCCCAGAAGUUCACCUCCAAGGCCGAGUUAACCAUGGCCGAUACGAGAUCUGUGAAGUUGACGACAGUAGCCAAUCUGGCCACAGUGUUUCUGGCUCCGGAAGUGGGUACGACGAUGUGCACUCCGAUGGCUACGGGAACCACAGUCCUCAAAGCGACCUUGCUUUCGGGGACAGAAUCUACUAGAUUUGUGUCAAGCUCCCUGCUUUCUACUAGUGCACACCCACCAUUUUGAGAAGUAGGUCGCAGCAUGAGACUAUGGCUUACGACAGUUGACGAUCCGACACACGACCCUAAGGAAGAAAGAUUGGUACGAACAGUAAUGAACGCAACAUGUGUAUUACUAUCUAUAAUGAUAAAACGACUCCAAAAAAAGAGGAACAGUACAUGAUUUGAAAAGGCACAUAGAACUUUGAAGAUGUUGUGGAUAGAACGGGCUCGGAGGCUAAGUUUUGUUGAUUGGGUGGGACUACGGGUUUUGAAUGGUAUGGCUGGAUCACGUCGAUGCAUUUUGGUUCUGUGAAAUUUGGGGAGGCUGAGUCUUGUCUGUCAUUUUUGCUUUUGCAAUUGUUCUAAUGCGAUUUUUUACCUUCCUUAUAUCUAUAUCUCGAGCUCAUUCAAGUCGACAUUUCAGUCGCAUCCAUGUAUUCUCUUUCUUCUUCCUUCUUUUGAAAACGCUUAUUUUGCUUUGCAAAGAUUUGAUGGGUUAAUAGAGUGCGCGUUUAUAUAUUUUUACUUGUUGGGGUGGUGGGUGGCUGGCCGCUGAGGCCUCUCUGCUGAAGAAGACUUAUUCGUUUGGUUUUUGUUACACAUGUUUGGACAUCUGCGAAGAUUGGAGGUCACCUUGAUUGAGUUUUGUUUUGUCGUUUGAAAUCGCGCUGAUUUUCGGUUAC